AUGUCCAACUUCACACUCGCUUCUUCUCAUCAAAAUCGGGAAAUCUCUGAAGACACCAGCUACGACGACAAUACCGACACUGACGGCGAUUAUUCCCCCACCGGAACUAAGCCGAAGAAAUCUCGGCUGUUCACGGUGAAGCAUGCGCCACAGGCGGUGGUCCAUUGGUACAUGAUUUCUCUUGACAAGAAAAUCGCUCGCAAGAACUCUACCGUCAAGGAGGAUGCAUUAGGGCAUCUUUUGUCGAUGGGAUGGAGUAUUUUCUACACUCAGAAAAAAGCCAGGCAGGAGUUGCGAUACAAAUCUCCUAAUGGUAGGGUUUAUAUUUCUCUCAGAACCGCCUGCAAAGCCUGUAUGGAUCAAGGCGGCGCCGCAGGUGCCGAUCAUUCCCGAACUGUAAGUAAAGAUUCAAAACCAGGAAAAGAAACUUCGCCCCCAUUGAAGAAACCUAAAGAUAACUUGGAAUGCGUUAAAUCAGUGCAAAAUUGCUGCAACAAUAAAACGCCGCCGUGGGUUACUUCACGGCGCAAUCCACGAACAGCUCUGUCUUAUUUGAUCUCUCAGGGAGUAAUUUCGCCAGGAGAUAGAGUGUAUUACGAUGUAUCAGGGAAGAACUAUCCAUUAAUGGCUUGGGGAUCGGUAACAAAUGGAGGUGUUGUUAAAUGCGACUGUUGCUCUAAUGUGUUUACUAUCAGCCAUUUUGAGGCUCAUAUAGGUAGUACAAAGCAUAGGCCGGCGGCCAACAUCUUUUUGGAAGAUGGGCGAUCCCUAUUGGACUGCCAAAGGCAAUUGAAUCAAAAUCAGAUUCAAAACGAGACAAAAACCACUGAGAAAAAAGCGAACAAUAAUAACCAUGCGCAUUCUGACACGCGCUGCCUGGACAAAAACGACUGCAUCUGUUCCGUUUGUCAUUUUGGGGGCGAGUUGAUGCUGUGCGAUCUGUGCCCUGCUGCUUUUCAUGCCAGUUGCCUCGGUUUCGAAGGCAUCCCACCUGGGGAUUGGUUCUGCUCUUCAUGCUGCUGCAAAAUUUGUGGCCAAGCUGCAUAUGAUUUUGGUUCGGUUUGCUCUUCCGAUUCCUCUUUUGUCAAAUGCCUUCAAUGUGAGCAGAAUGUUCAUAUUGGAUGUGUAAAGAGCGUUCGAGUGCUUGGAGAUGAUUCAAAUCAAAUCGAUAGAGAAACCUGGUUUUGCACCAGAAAAUGCGAGGAUAUCCACAUGGCUCUGCAGAAGCUUUUAUGGAAACAAAUCCAAGUCGGUGAAGAAGAAGAUAACCUUACAUGGACAUUAAUGAAACAUUGUCCAGAUACGAUGACUGAGAAUCAGAGGAAGAAGUUCAAUAGUGCUAUUGGCAUAAUGCACGAGAGCUUUCGUCCUGUGAAGGACCCCAUCACCAAAAGCGACCUCAUAGAAGACGUUAUUCUAAGCAAAAGAUCAGAGACAAAACGCUUGAACUUUGAAGGGUUCUACACAGUGGUUUUGGAGAGAAAAAACAAAGUAACCACGGUGGCAACACUGAGAGUGUAUGGAGACGAAGUGGCUGAAAUUCCUUUCGUUGCCACCCGAUUGAAAUACCGCAGACAUGGAAUGUGCCGCACAAUGAUGAACGAGCUGGAGCAACGGCUUGUGAAAAUGGGAGUGAAGAGGGUGACAUUACCUGCUGCUCCUGAGGCCCUCAACACUUGGACAGGCGGAUUUGGGUUCUCCAAGAUGACAGAUUCCGAUAGAUUAGAGCUCAUGAAGUACACACUCCUGGGUUUUCAGCACACAGUGAGAUGCCAGAAGUAUUUCUUCAAGAAGAUCAGAAUCCCAAAUAAUCUGGAAUGGGGGCCAAGGAAGAGGCUGAAGCAAACUGGUUUAGAAUAUGAUAUGUCUAAUGUUUCCAUAAUUGGAGCUCGCACUUGA